UCGCGUAGAGAGCGCAACCGCAGAGACUUCUGAUUUCUGCGUUUGUCCGCCAGCGUUCAAGACUUCUUCACCUUCAGUGGCCGACAUGUUGGGUUCAAUGGGUAGACUGGGCACUACUAUGGAACAAAGAACUAAAAUGGCUGUCGCUAGUAACUCAGUGGAGAUAGAUCCUGUGUUUAUCAAGGCUUUGAAGCUUCUCCACUCAAAGCACCCUGAUUCUCUGGACCAGCUUCGUGCCCUUAGAGAUGAAGUCGUCAGACAGCACAACCAGCAAGCUCCCACGUCUUCCAAGGAGAAACCUAAAGAAGGUAAAUUGGGACUUCACACUGAGAGGAGACCAAGUGCAAUAGUAUCAACAGCAGAAGUAAAGGCCAAAUUGACUGAGAAAAAAUUUGAAGCUGAACCAAAGCAGAAUAUUCCAACUGCAAAACCAGAGCCAGUUAAGAGUUUUCCUAUUGAAGAGGCAAGUGUUGAAACAUUGGAGGUUGGCUCAAGUAUGAUUGAAACUGUGGAGCUAAGCUCAAGCUCCUUCAUGGAUCAGAGUUCAUCAAAGAAAGCUAAGCUUCAAUUUGAUGUUGAGGAUGUUUUAGAUGAAGGAGAUUUAGAACCCCCAACAGCUCUGCAACCUGUGGUUGAUGACUUAAUGAUUGACUGGGGAUCUGUUUGCAGUAUUUGUUGCAGAGAUGAGAGCAAAAUUCCUGGGAAUCAGCUGGUAGAAUGUCAUGAAUGUCAUUCACUUUAUCAUCAGAGAUGUCAUGAACCACGUGUUAUGGACAGUGAAGUCAAUGAUCCACGACAUGUAUGGUACUGUGUACAGUGUGUCAGGAGAAUGAGAGAGAUGGCUAGCAGUGCAUCUCCAAAGUCACGCCCAACAGAGUCUGCAACAUUCAGUAAACCACUGUCUUCCUCUCACAGACCUGUGCCUUUAGCACCCUUCAAAAGACCCUCCAUUAAUGAAACUAAGGAUCUAAAGGGUCAAGAAGACUGGGAAUAUGGCAACUUCUAG